AUGGAGGGGGGGUGGGCGGAUCUUGGCCGCCCGCUCCCGGAUCAGAAGCAGGCAUGGGUCCUGGGUCGGCUAGCAUGGGCGGACCUGGAGCCCCUGCUCCUGGAUCCGAACCAGCCAUGGGUCCUGGGGGAGGCAUGGGAAGCGGAGGGAAAGGUGGGGGAGGGAUGGGUGGUGGAGGAAUGGGCGGCGGUGGAAUGGGUGGCGGUGGAUUGGGAGGCGGAGGAACAGGCGGCGGAGGAAUGGGCGGCGGUGGAAUUGGCGGUGGUGGAAUUGGCGGCGGUGGAACGGGUGGAGGAACGGACGGCAGUGGAACGGGCAGUGGUGGAAUGGGCGACGGAGGAUUGGGUGGCGGAGGAACGGGCGGCGGAGGAAUGGGCGGCGGUGGAAUCGGCAGCGGUGGAAUGGGCAGCAGUGGAAUGGGCGGCGGAGGAACGGGCGGUGGCGGAAUGGGCGGCGGAGGAACGGGUGGAGGAACGGGCAGCGGUGGAGCGGGCAGCGGAGGAACGGGCGGCAGUGCAAUGGGUGGUGGUGGAACGGACGACGGUGGAAUGGGCGGCGGAGGAACGGGCAGCGGUGGAACAGGCGGAGAAACGGGUGGCAGUGGAACGGGCAGCGGUGGAACGGGCGGUGGAGGAACGGGCGGCGGUGGAACGGGCGGCGGUGGAACGGGCGGCAGUGGUGGUAACAUAA